AUGGCUCCGAAUGUGAAGCAAGAGAACAAAGAGUCUGUUCAAGAAAGCAGGACCACCAACGGCAAAUCACAAGAAAGACCAAAGGCUUUCACAAUCAAAUACAAACGUCCAAGAGGUAGUAGGGCUUGUUCUGUUUGCAGGUCGAGGAAGGUCAGAUGUGAUGCGGAAAUACACAUACCAUGCACCAAUUGCAUUACUUUUGGGUGCGAGUGUGUGCUACCAGAAGUCAAGAAAAGAGGUAAUUCCACUGGAGAAUCUAAGCCUAAGAGGAAGCAUACUGAGACUGUAGGACUAGGAUCAAAAGAAAGAAAUGGAAUUCAUGAAAAUGAUGAUCGAUUGGAUGGAGUUUCUGGUGAAGAUGGCAAGGGAGGGGGAAAUGAGCCUAUAUUGAAUAUCUCUCAAGUGAGUGUUCCCCCAUCAUUGACUUCAAACUAUAAAAAUAGGCCAUCCAUGCACAAAAGAGAAAUGAUGAGUAGUAAAAGUAAGACAUCUUUGACAUUUUUGGGGUCUUCGUCAAUUGGAGAUGUCGCUCAAAAGGUCGGUGAAAACCACGUACAAUUGACGGAAGACUUAUUUGAUGUGAGUGAUAACUCACUAGAUUCAGUAGAGUUGGAGAUCUUAAAAUUGAGAGGUGCAUUUCUCUUGCCUUCAAAAGAAUUGGCGUCAGAUUUGAUAAAUUCUUAUUUCGAGCAUGUACAUCCACUUAUGCCUGUGAUCAAUAGAACAGAAUUUAUAAAAAAAUUUGAAGAUCCAAAGGACAGUCCUUCUCUAAUGUUAUUGCAAGCAGUCUUAUUAUGUGGUUGCCGAGUUUCACAGAACCCUUUGUUAUUAGAUUCCAGAGGCUCUAAUGGAUUGGCGUGCUUGACUUUCUAUAGAAGGGCAAAGGCUUUGUAUGAGACUAACUACGAGAGCGAUGCUAUUUCAGUUAUACAAACCUUAAUUUUGAUAGGCUCUUAUUGGGAGGGUCCGGAAGACGUAACGAAAAAUUCUUUUUAUUGGACUAGAGUUGCUGUAGGGUUAGCGCAAGGCUUUGGAUUGCACCGAGACAUCACCAGUUCUGCAAGGUUGACUCAAGUUGAGAAGAAGAUUUGGAGAAGAGUGUGGUGGUGUCUUUUUGAAAAAGAUCGCAAUGUGGCUAUUGCAUUUGGUCGGCCCUUGACAAUAGAUCUUUCAGACUGCGAUGUUCCAAUGUUGACACUUGAUGAUUUUAAUGAGGAUGACCCAGAUACUGGCACAGUGUCACCUUAUGAAGUCAACGAAACCCAAGCACUUUACUUCAUCCAUCUAGUAAAAUUAGCAGAAAUAACAGGAAUUAUUAUAAAACACCAGUAUACUGUCAAAUCUGAACUGUUUAAACGAAACAAUAAUUUUUCUAUCAUAAAGCAUUGUGAUAUGCUUAUGGGUGUUUGGUUUACGAAUUUGCCAUCACAACUUGUCUUUUCAUUAGCAAAUACUUCAACACAAAACUUUUAUACAUGUUUGUUGAAUGCUCAAUAUUAUAACAGAUUAUACUUGAUACACCGAUCAAAUUUGUUAAGAAUGGCACGAUCAAGCUCCACGAACCCAAACAACUAUAAAUAUCCUUCUUGGGGUAUAUCAUUUCAGGCUGCUAGAAUGAUAUCAAUAGUAUCCAAGAUUUUACUUGAAAAAGAUCAGAUUAAAUACUGUCCUGUCAUGUUUGUCUAUAUUCUUUUCAGCGCCUUGGUCAUGUUAAUUUAUCAUGUUGAUUCUCCAAAUAAUGUCAUUGCGUCGACAGCUUCUGAUUCCUUAUUCGUCUCAAGGGCAGUCUUGAGAGAAUUGGGAAAAUUCUGGCCGAUUGCUGGUGUUUUACUAAAGUUAUUUGACAAGUACGCGAAUGACAAAAUCAAGAGGGCUAAGGUAAUAGAGAAUAAUACUAAAGUAGCUGAAUAUCAAGAGAGAGUGGCGGAGAGUCGGGCUAUAAACAAUGACGCUAACCUAACACCGCUAUAUGAUAUGAGAAAGGGCCAAGAUAAGUUUCAGGGAAACAACAUACAAUCUCCCACCGUUGCACUGCAAACUUCAGGAAUAUCUCCAAGGGAAGGAUCAUAUGGAAGCACGAUUAAUGCCCAGUCACCUACAAUUGUUCAUGAUCCAAAACCAAAUAUCGAGGAUCUUGUUCAACAAUUUAAGAGACCCACCACACAAGCACACGAUUUCAAGGACAAAAAGGAGGAUACUUCCCCUUCAUCAUCAACUUCUUUCCCCGAUAUUUCUUUAGUCACAGAAAACAUGCCAACCCAAAACUUUUUCGAAAAUUUUCAACCUAAGCAGUUAUUUCCUAUUGCUAAUAGCAGUCUUCCUUCAACAAGAGUGCAAUCUCCAACACCAGUGGCUAAUAUUGGUAAUGGUGCGCCUGUUUCUGAAAAUGCUUACAAUACAUCUCAAGGUGAUGAGCAACAUAUGAAUACUCUUUCGGGUGAUAUGUUUGAUACAAAUUUCGUUGACAGUUCUUACAUCGGCAUGAAUUUACAAUCAGGAGUGGAGGAUAACAUUUUCAAUUCAGAGAUUGGUUCUUUAUUUAAUUUUUAA